GGAGAAGGACGUGGCCGCCGUGGACGUGAAUAUGGGCUGUCCGAAGGAAUACUCCACUAAGGGCGGGAUGGGAGCUGCUCUCCUGAGCGACCCUGACAAGAUCGAGGCGAUCCUCAGGAAACUGGUCUCAGGCGUGUCCAUCCCAGUGACCUGUAAGAUCCGGAUCCUUCCUUCGUUGGAGGAAACGAUCCGAUUGGUUCAGAGGAUCGAGAAGACGGGCGUCACUGCUGUCGCCGUCCACGGCCGGUUGAAGGAGGAGCGUCAGAGACACCCCCUCCACUGUGACUACAUCCAGGCCGUCGCUCGGGCUGUCUCCAUCCCCGUCAUCGCCAAUGGAGGUUCUCUGGACCUGGUGAAGACCAACGCCGACAUCGAGGAGUUCCGGAGGGCGACCGGCGCCUCCUCCGUCAUGUUGGCUCGAGCCGCCAUGUGGAACCCGUCGGUGUUCGCCAGCCAGGGACCACUUCCUGUGGAGGGGGUCAUGGAGGAGUACCUCAAAUACGCGAUCGAGUUCGACAACCACGCCUUCAACACAAAGUACUGUCUGUGUCAGAUGCUGAGGGACAAGGUGGAGUCUCCUCUGGGGAAGCAGCUGCAGGCGGCUCAGAGCAGCGCUGAGAUCAGCGCGGCGUACGGCCUGCAGGAGUUCUACCAGCAGACGCAGGAGCGGCUGCAGACCAGGAGGGCGGCGCUGCAGAGCGGCAGCGAGCCCGACCGGCCCGUCGUGGACGGAGACCUCACCACCAUGGCCGUCAAGUUCGAACGGAGGGAGUAUCCACCUCAGAUCACUCCGAAGAUGUUCCUGCUGGAGUGGAGCCGCAAGGAGAAGAUGGAGCCGCCGCUGUACCAGAUGGUGCAACGUUCACAGGAUCGAGGCUUUCAGGCGACUGUGACUGUAGCAGGAAAGAAAUACAGAUCUUCACUGUGGGAGAAGUCGAAGAAGUUUGCGGAGCAGGCGGCGGCCGUCGUCUGCCUGCGGGUCCUGGAGAUCCCAGAGGGUCGGGUCGGAGAGGAGGAGUCCGGCCUGGUCUGCAAGAGGAAGAGGGACGGGAAGACCAACGGCACCGCGGAGCAGGACAGCAGCAAGAAACAACACCUCUCCGCCGAGAAGCAGCAGGAGACGCAGACCCCAAAGACCCCAGUGGUGGCCAAUGGGGACAGUCGUAGAGCAGACACGAUUCCAGAGCAGCUGUGAAGUGUUUGUAGGACAGUGGUUCCUUGUCUUUAUGUCACUUCCUGUCUGGAACAUCUGCGACGUCUUAGAACUGAAAACUAAAUUUACAUCAGCUGCUGGAUUCUGCCUUUACAUGAACAGACUUUUUUACUUAAUUUACAACGGAUUUCAUUUGUAAACACUGAGACGUGCUCAGUGUAACCGGUCUCACCCCAGAUCAGCUGUGAGAGAUUCACUUGUUUUAACUGGGAUGAAUGAGUUUGAACCAGCAGGCGGCAGCACUGAGCACUCAGCUCAGGUGUCAUCAUCUCAUGUCAGAGGUUUGAACCUGGUGCCUUAAAGAGGAAGUUUUACUUUUCAUUCUGAUGGUUCAUCGUCUUUCUCCUGAUUCAAGCCUUUAGUUUCUGCUGGGAAUGACUGAGGUUGAAUUAAAAGACGUUACAUGUAGUAAACAUGUGGUAAACAUGUCGAGCAGACCCCAGGUGCCAUGUUUUUUAAUCCUCUCUGUGCUUUUAUUUCACUUAAGGUCAAAGAAAUCUGUAUCUUCCACAUUGUUUUUUUCAUUUUAAAGAAGAAGCUGCUUUUUA